AUGUCGUGCAUACUAACGCUCGCUUUUAGCCUUUCGGUCGGGAUUCGACGCUCCGCGUUUGAGAAGCUUGCGGCAUUGGCCGUCAACUCGCCAGCCCGCGAUGAUGGGUCUGACCUGGCCCGUCUUGCGAAACAGACUCGAUUGGCCCGUCAGGGUGAUGAAUCUCUGAAUGGGAUCUUCAAGGAGCAGGCCCCGACAUCCCGAGUUCCAAUGGGAAAUCGCGAACUCGAUGUCCUUCUGGCCCUAUGCAAAGCUGCCUCCGCCGUCAACGAUCUAGAGCAUGCCUCGCAAUUGGCCGCGCAGCUAUCCCGAUAUUUGCCUGAAUGUCCGAGCCAGUUGUUUCGAUCGUCGCCGUUCCUUCAGAGUGUGAAGCCUUCACCUUGGGAAACCCUUUCCCAAAGUCUGACUACCGCACUGCUAUCACUCGCAACCAAAUACUCGUCACUGCGCAAAAUCGUUCUAGGGGCAGUCAACGGAUAUUUGCACAAUUGCUCCGAGGCCAUCAACGCAGCCACUCCGUUCCAAUAUUCCACAUCUGAAGCAGGAGGACGAGGGGUCGUACAGGAAUCAAUUGCAAUUCUCUCUAUCGCAGUCUCUCUGGUUGGAUUCCUCGAAGCUUCGGCGAAGUAUACAGUCAUUUGGACUGCAGAUGAAAAGCUCCGGAUGAUCGAUCAUCUGCGCGCCAUGCUCUCAGAGUCGUUUAUGAUUGCCGUGGAGACCGCUUCGUCCACCAUCCGCAAUGCCGGUGUUGCCGACAACACCUUGAAGGACUGGAGGAAGUAUACUAGGCGUUACGCAGCUCAUGGUCGCCCGCUCGGGGCCAUGCUUGUUCAGGAGGGCUUCAUGCGGUUUGUGAAGUCGAGCGCAGCAUCUCUGAUUGGAUCCCAGAAUUUGUCCGAUGAUCAAUUGUUGGACGAGUACAUGGCGGGCGUUGGAAUUGCCAAGAGCAAUGAUGAGGCUGACAUUGCUCUCCUCGAGCGGAUUACCAACUUAAUUAGCGAGGAGAUCCGUUUGCUAGAGGACGGGUCGGAUUAUCUACAGGUCGGCUCUCCCUCACAACAGCGGCUUGCUUUCUCUGUGAAGGGAGAGGCACUGGUUGGUUUCCUGAAUUGCGUUGUUUUGGGCGAAGAUGCGGCCAACAAUGAUGUUCUUCUGUCGUGGCUUGAGGAUACCUUGGGCGAUCCUCAGCAGAUGUCAUCUAGCCAACUUGCCAUCACGGCGCUGAAAUGCUCGGCGAUUCUCGCCCGGCUAUCAUCCGAAGGUGCAUCGCUGGGAAGACGCUGCCUCUUGAAAUUCCUCUCCCAAGGAGGUAUCUCAAAGAGCUCAGUCAUCAUUGUGGCCUCUCGAUGCCUUGCUCAAGUUCUCAGCAUUCUUUCCGAAGAUUCCGUAAUUGCGACUUUGUAUUCACUGGGUAACACACUGAGCCCUAGUUCUAAUACCAACCAGAUGCCCCAAGAUCAACCUAUGGGAGAUUCCGCUGGAACAGCCAACAAUCUUGCAUCUUUUGCGCAGAAUGGGAAUGCUAGCCAACCCUCUUUUUCCGCUAUUAGCGAAGAAGGAGCGACGACUCACAGGAAUGUUAUACAUGCCAUUGUGACCAUUGCUACCAGUUGCAACGACGACAAGAUCAGUGCCCUUGCACAAUCUAUGCUUCUACAAAAAGUCGGCAAAAUCAAUGUUGCGGUUGAUGCCUACAUAAUACAAGAAACUGCCGUGCUCGCUUUGAGCAGCGGACAGGCCGAGUUUCAGUUACUGCUCAAAUUCUAUACCCGAGUCUACCUCGAUGGAAUCCGUAAAGGCAUUGAUGUCAUCGCGGAUGCAGUUCAGUGCGCAAUGGCGUAUAUUUCGGUGACUUUGAGUCGCCACUCUCCCCUUCACCGUCUCUAUCUCACCCAUCUAUUAGAGAGUAUCGUCAACAAAGGCGAUGUUCCGGACCUCGAGACAGAACGCCACAGAGAGGUUGUUUUUGCUCCUAGUGACAUCACGCCUCUAUUGAAGCCAUUGGCACUGUUGGUUUCGUCCAAAAAUAGUUCCGCAGAUACGUCUUUGCCGUCGACGAGCUAUGAUGAUGCCACCCUAUCUUUAUUCCGGGAUGCCUGGUUCAACAUAGCUAUUCAUGGAAUCUCACUCACCUCAACUGCCGCCCAGAGACAUCUCAAGGAACUUUGUUUGCUUGCCAGCCAUUCUCCUCCUUUGGUGGCAGAAGAUCGCAUGGAGUCUUUGGAGAGCGACGUGGAGCUAAAUACUGUUCUCAGAAGAGGCACAGGGCCCCAACGAGUCCUGGAACAAAAGCGAACACUGAUUGCGGAACUUCCUGGUCGAGAAUCGGAUAUAAAGCGUCUUGAUUAUCCUCGAUCGGUCUUUCUCAACGCUGUGUUGCUGGUUGAAAGCCUUCGGGCGUCAUCUGGGGACUGCACCAAAGUCCUCAGCUAUUUCCGCGAUCCUGCCGUCGCCGCCCCAGAGAUGGUCAUUUGCAUGAAUUCUGUUGCCGAAAAAGUUGUUACCUGCUAUCUCUCCCGUACCCUUUCUGGAGACUAUGAUGAAUUCUCAGCUCCAUACUUGUCGAAGCAGCUGGCCGAGUUUCUAGUCGCGUGCUGCCAUCGCAUUGAGAGAAUCCAAAACAUCGCCGCUCAGUGCACCGACAAAAUCAUUCGUGAAUGCCCAUCUGCUCUCUGCGAAAAGCAUUCUCUCUUUGCUUUGCUUGAAAUCCUGACCGUUAUGUGGUCCUCUUGUCUUCAAGGGGAACUGGACGAGUUUGAGUGGAAGCCUACUCUGGUUUCGCCUAUGGGUAUUGUGAAGGUUGAUUUACCUGAUAAUUACGCUUUGAGAAAGGCGACUUUGAAUCGGUUCCUCGAGCGAGCCAGAGUAUGGGUAACGGCAGUUCUGAAUGUCGCACCAUUGGAUAUUAAAGGGUUACUCCAGACCUACCUCUCCGAGUAUGACGACGAUGGUGGCUACGGACAUAUUGCAAUGGGCCGUUCCUUUGCUCUGGAGAUGGGCUCCCUCAUUCCCCAUAGUGACCCACGCCUUGGUUCCAUUGAUAGCCAUGAGAGUGGUGUCAAUAUUGCGUCCGACUUCAUGGCCCUUUAUACCACGCGUCAGAAGUACCGGCGACCAGACAUCUCUUUGCUUGAUACUCCCGAUGGCCAGGUCAUUGGAAUUGAUAGCCGGAAUCCCGAAGCGGAGUUUUCACAAGAGUCUGCCACCAAUCUAGAAUACUCGCUUGCUCGCCUCUACGGGCGUAGCAUGAAGGGAGACGAGAUCCCUCUGGUUGAAGUGAGGGAUGCUUUACGCCAAGCCGCCAGUUUAAUUUGCAGCAGUAGUAAACCUCGACUCUCAGUUGUUCACUAUCUUGUUGCAUUGCCGUUCCAAAUUUUCACUAAGGAAACCAUCAAGCUGGGUGUUUCCUUAUGGCUUGGUGUUAUUCACGAGAACCCGGGCGUUGAACCGCGAAUCCUCGCACAUGUUGUUGAAGCCUGGGAAAGAAGCAUCCAGCGUCGACAGGGAUUAUUUGACCCAUCCUUUGAGUAUCUGGAUCCCUUGCAAACCAAGAUUGAGCUGCUUCCCACAGAUAAGGCAUUGAUGCUCCAAGGACAACAGAAGGCGCAGAAUACACUCUCACCGCAUUUGCGCAUCCUUCAAUUUUUUGAGAGUCACUUCAGUGCCAUCCGCCUGGGAAAUCUUCAGGACCAGCAGCUGUUCUGUCGUUUGAUUAGCAGUACACUUGUGGCCCUUUCCAAGACUCGGGGACAUCCAUUGGCUAGAGAGAUACAUUUCCGAAUAGUUCUCUUUGGUCUGAGAAUCCUCAAACAUCUCAGCCCGCGAAACGCGGCCGCGUCUUGGAAACUCAAAGAUCAGAUCCUGUCGGCUGCCUUGAGCUGGUUUAAACAUACUCCGAGGUGGUCCUUCGGAGGCAACCGAUUGCAAAUCAAGGCCGAGGACAAGAUCCUUGGCGAUGUGUUAUCUACACUACGGACUGUCGCAGAUAUUGCCGCUCAGACCCAAGGGUCCUUCAAAUCAUUGCAGUCCAAACAAGACUUGGUCCAGAUUCUGAUUGAGAAUGAGAGGUCUCGUCUUCGCGUUUGGCUAUUCCCUUUGGAACCUGAGCGGAAGCACCACAUGCCCUCGCUCGGUGGCAAGAACCCCACUGAGGGUAUUGCAUCUUUCCUGCGGCUGGCAUGGGCAGAGAGCCCGGGCUUGGCCAUUCAACUUGCUGCACGAUUCCCAUCUGCAAAGAUGCAGACUGACAUUCGAUGGCUCAUUUUGAACUUCCCUGAAAAGGCUCUUCAGGAGCCAAGCGCCUUGGAUAUCAUGUUCGAAUCAUCUCUCCCUAGCGACGUCAAUUUCCAGUUGAAGUAUCUGUUGUUCUGGGCCCCAGUCAACCCAACUGAAGCUCUUACAUACUUUUUGCCGGCUUACGGGAAUCACCCCUUUAUACUGCAGUACGCCAUGCGAGCUUUGGAGAGUCACUCCAUCGAUGUUAGGUUCUACUUUGUUCCACAACUGGUCCAGGCGCUCCGUUAUGAUGCUCUCGGUUAUGUUGAGCGCUACAUUCUGGAAACGGCGAAGUUAUCCCAACUAUUUGCUCACCAGGUAAUUUGGAACAUGAAAGCCAACUCUUACAAGGAUGAGGAUUCUCAAGUGCCGGAUCCGAUCAAGCCGACCCUGGACCGCUUCGUCGAGACACUGAUCUCCAGCUUCUCCAACGAAGAACGUGACUUCUACGAACGAGAAUUUUCUUUCUUCAACGAGAUCACUGGUGUUUCCGGCAAGCUUCGCCCAUAUAUCAAGAGAAGCAAGCCCGAGAAGAAAGAGAAGAUCGAAGAAGAGUUGCGUAAGAUCAAGGUGGAGGUUGGAGUGUAUCUUCCCAGCAACCCUGACGGCGUGGUCGUUGGCAUUGAUCGCAAAUCGGGUAAACCCUUGCAGAGUCAUGCGAAGGCACCGUACAUGGCAACCUUUAGAAUUCAGAAAACCAGACCUCGAUCCGACGAGAAGAUCGAUUCCGCCAAACCUAAGGCUCGGGGAUCUGAUCAGCGCCAGCUAGUCGCACAUUCGUCGGUGCCUGAGCUAGAGACUUAUGAAGUUUGGCAAUCGGCGAUCUUCAAGGUCGGUGAUGACUGUCGUCAGGACAUGCUUGCUUUGCAGAUGAUCGCAGCCUUCCGAAGCAUCUUCUCCAGUGUUGGGCUGGAUGUCUGGGUUUUUCCCUAUCGAGUCACUUCCACUGCACCUGGCUGUGGUGUAAUCGAUGUGCUGCCGAACUCCAUUUCUCGUGAUAUGCUUGGCCGUGAAGCUGUGAACGGCUUAUAUGAUUACUUUGUCUCUAAGUACGGCGGAGAGGAUUCCAUCCGGUUCCAGGAGGCGCGCACCAAUUUUGUCAAGAGUAUGGCGGCGUACUCGGUCAUUUCCUAUCUCCUCCAAUUCAAGGAUCGACACAAUGGUAACAUCAUGGUUGAUGAUGCCGGGCAUAUUAUUCACAUUGACUUUGGAUUCUGUUUCGACAUCGCCCCCGGUGGCGUGCGAUUCGAACGAGCUCCAUUCAAGCUCACCUCUGAGAUGGUUGCUGUGAUGAGCGGCACACACAAUCCUACACAUCACCCGAACGGAACCUCGGGCAUCAGUCUGCCGGGAACCAAUUCCCACAACCCGACCACUACUCAACCCUACCGGUGGUUUGAAUCGUUGGUGGUCAAGGCAUUCCUGGCAUCUCGCCCCUACUGCACCAAGCUGGCACACAUUGUCUCUUUGAUGCUCGAUAGCGGCCUACCUUGCUUCAAACCCGAGACGCUCAAGAACUUCCGUGACCGGUUUGUGCUAGAGAAAACCGAGAGGGACGCUGCCGAAUAUAUGCGAGAUCUUGUGCGCAAGUCGUACAUGAGUGUGUCCACGAAGGGAUAUGACCAGUUCCAAUUGAUGACCAAUGGCAUUCCCUACUAG